AUGAGUCGAAGAAGAUGUGUUGAACGUAUAAUAUCUGAGAAUUCACUAUCUGUUGAAGAGAUUCUAACUGAAAAUCUCAAAAAUUGUUCAAUAAUUUUUAAUAAUAAUUUUAAAUUUGACAAAGACAAGAUAAAUGAGAUCAAAACAGUCCAACUCAAGGAUGUAUCUAAUAUUAACAAGCUUGCGAAGACGAAUAUCCAGAAAAUACUCCAAAUAACUCAUAAAAAUGAAACUUUUUUGUCAAUUGUUGUUUCUGGGCGAAAUGACAACUAUUUCAAGGGAAAAUUCAUAGAUAUCAUGCAGAGAUUCAUUGAUGUCAUUGACAAAUCCCUGGAAAAAGUCCCUCUUUCGCGAAUUGAAGUCGUAAUUGUUGAAUAUAACAAUAAUUCAACGAAAGGUUUAUCAGAAGUACUCAAAAUAGGCAAAAACCUCCAUGGAAAGACCAAAAUAGUCAAAGUUUCACAUCAAAACCAUCUUGAAUUGCAAAAAUUGAAUAAUUUUAAAGAAGAUUUUGACUCAAACCAGGCCAAAACCAUCGGAAUCAUGAAGUCUAGUGGUAAGUUCGUUCUUGUGACUAAUCCUGACAUCAUUUUGCCCAUAAAUUUUUUAGAUUAUACAACUGAUGACAAUUUCGUUGAUGGCGUUGUAUAUUUAGCAAAUAGGAUUGAUCUGAUCAAUACGUAUGCACAGAAACUGCAGCUAGAUGAUGUUUUUGACCUUGUUAACUCACCAUGGAAAUUAGAUCAAAGCGAAAACGCGGCUCCUUUCUGUAUUUCGGAGACAUUUGGUACUUACGUGAUGAGGUCCAUCAAUGACUUCAGACAGAACAUUGUCUGCAACUCAAGAGACUUCAUUUUGGCGAGUAAAUCGAUGUGGAACGCCGUGAAAGGAUUUCCAAAGAAAGAAAAAAACAAGGACACAAAUGCAAGAAUUCUUUCAAACUUCAUGAGACUUGCAAAUGGAUUUACUCUGAAGUUUAUGAAUGAUCCAGUGAUAGAACUAAAUAUUGAUGAGCCAAAACCAAUAGAGAACAUGCCUGACUUCUCUCCGCAAACAAGGAAAUUGAUUUGCAAGGGAAAGGGCGACUUUUAUGUAUUUAACCAUGAAAAUUUCGAAGAAUUUGUUUUGUAA